AUGAACAUCUUGAUCGUCGGCUCAGGCAUCGCUGGCCCAGCUCUAGCAUACUGGCUCUCCUUCAAUCCCAAGCACACCAUCACCAUCCUAGAGAAAUCCGCCUCCCUCCAACCCCACGGCCAGAAUGUCGACAUCCAAGGCAGCGCGGUGACCUGCAUCAAAAAGAUGGGCCUAAUGCCACAAGUCCAGCAAUUCAACACCAAAGAACUCGGCACGCGGUUCAUCGACUCGCAAGGAACCCCCUUCGCCCCCUUCCCCAUCAAAGAAGGCGGUUCAGCAAGCCCAACAUCAGAAUACGAGAUCCUACGCGGCGACCUUGCAAAACUACUACACCAAGCAACAAGUUCCCAAUCCAACGUAACAUACCUAUUCAACACCACAACCAAGCAAAUCCUCCAAAACGACUCUUCAUGCGUCAAAGUCCUACUUAGCGACGGCACAACACACACCUACGACCUACUCAUCGCAGCAGACGGCCAAUGGUCCAAAACACGCAGUCUGGUUUUCCCAGCCCAAGACGUAUCCAUCGAACACAAAGGCAUGUACGCCGCAUACUUCACCAUACCACGCCUCCCUUCCGACGCACCCUGGUGGGAUAUUUUCGUCGCAAAAGGAUCACGUACCGUUGCCACGCGUCCAGACCCCCACGGUACAACCCGCGCGAUGUUUACCUUCAUGCCGUCAACCCCCGUCCAGACCCUCGCUUGGGAGAAGGCGAGUAGAGCUGGAAGGAAGGCUCAGGAUGAACUUGUUCGCGAGGAAUUUGCAGAUGCAGGGUGGGUUAGCAAGAGACUUCUUGAUGCCAUGCCCGGGGCGCCAGACUUCUACUACCACGCUAUCAAUCAGGUCAAGAUGAAGCGGUGGAGUCGCAAUCGUGUGAUUUGUCUGGGUGAUGCGGCGUUUUGUCCUAGUCCGUGUACGGGCAUGGGGACGUCGCUUGCGGUGCUGGGCGCGUAUGUUUUGGCGGGCGAGCUGAGCUGUGUUGACGACCCUGCUUCUUCUAUGACUUUCGACGGUCUUACCAGAGCGCUUACCAGCUACGAGCACAGGUUUCGACCUUUCGUGGUACAGAGUCAGGUCAUGUCGCCUUUUGUACCGGGGUUCAUGCAUCCAGGUUCGGCUUGGAAAAGGACGGUCUUGCACGGCUUCGUGAGGCUGGUGUCGAUGGUUCUGAGGUGGGAGUGGGUUGGUCCGUGGCUUGGAGAUACGGAGAGUAGGGAUGAUGGCUUCAAGCUACCCGAGUAUGCGGCUUUUGAAAGGGUGGAGGAGAAAGCAGUGGGAGUGUGA